AUGUCUGUCACCAGUCCCGAGAAAGAAGAAACGCGCAAAGAGGACAGCCCUCACAGUGACGAAGAUGGGGAAGUGAACAGCCAUGAUUCAUCGCCCGCAAAAUCCUUAGAUCAAGAUCCAGAAGACCAACGUGCCACAGAGACACCUGAAGCCAACCCUCCUCUUCCUACCGAGGAAGAUCCUCCUCCAUUACCCGUCGAGGCACCUCCAACUCAACCUGUGGAUGAUGGCUGGGAACCGGUUUGGGACGACCAUGCCCAGGCAUUCUAUUUCUUCAAUCGAUUUACAAAGGUAACCCAGUGGGAGAAUCCACGAGUACCGGAGGCACCGAGUCAAGCCGGGCCACCAGGAGUUGGAAACCACGACAGAAUAGGGGGCGUACAAGGGCCUCCAGCAAAUCGAGUCGGUGGAUAUGACCCUGCCAUUCACGGUGAUUAUGACCCGAAUGCCGAUUACGCCAAAGCCUACGAAAUCUCUCCGGUAGACAUGGCGCCCGGCGCUGCUCCAGGCACGAAUCCUGCCGACCCAUACGCUGCCACGGGGACGUUUAAUCGCUUCACAGGGAAAUGGCAGCGAGCAGACCUCAAUCCUGAAAAGUUCACCGAUGAGCAAAAGAGUCGGCGGCAGAUGAAUGCCUUCUUUGAUGUGGAUGCUGCCGCCAAUAGUCAUGAUGGCAGAAGCCUGAGAGCCGAGAGGGCAAAUAAGAAAUUGAGCAAGGCCGAGAUAAAAGCGUUCAAGGAGAAGCGGAGGGAGAAGAAGGAGGAGAAACGGCGCGCAUGGUUGAGAGAUUGA